AUGUUUCAUUUGAGUGUUCAGGCACUCAUGAGUUUAUUAAUCAGGGCGGUUGCUCUCUCGGCCGUCUUGUCGAGCACGGUGCUCGCUUUAAGUGAGCAAUAUCCAGCACAGUCCGGUAUGGAUUUAUGGGAACAAGCAAGAACGCCGGAUGACGGGGGUCAGUGCCCUCCUUGCUUCAAUUGUAUGCUACCAGUUUUCGAAUGCCAACAGUUUUCUCGCUGUAAUUCGAAUACUGGUAGAUGUGAAUGUUUAGAUGGCUUUGGCGGAGACGAUUGUUCAAAGCCGUUAUGCGGUGCACUGUCUGAUGGCAACAACAACAGGCCAUCAAGAGAUAACGACACGGAAAGCUGUGAUUGUGAAGAUGGCUGGGGUGGAAUCAAUUGUAAUAUAUGCGAAAACGACUCUGUUUGCGAUGCUUUUAUGCCAGAAGGGCUCAAGGGCACAUGCUACAAGAAGGGAAUGAUUGUUAAAAGAUUCCAUCAGGGUUGUGAUGUCACGAAUGCUAAGAUCAUACAGAUAUUGAACGGCAAAAAACCUCAGGUUACGUUUUCCUGCGACAAGCUCUCCGGGGAGUGUAAUUUCCAAUUCUGGAUUCAAGAAGUAGAAAGUUUCUACUGUGGGUUAUCGUCCUGCAAGUUCAACCAUGAUCUCAAAACAAACUCUUCCAGUUAUGAAUGUGAUUCUGUGCAGUGCAAGUGUGUGCCGGGACAGAUGCUGUGUGGACAGAGAGGCUCGAUUGACAUUUCAGACUUUUUAACUGAGACUAUUAAGGGGCCAGGAGAGUUCACCUGCGACUUGAACUCGAAAAAGUGCAAAUUCAGUGAGCCUAGUAUGAACGAUCUAAUAACCACCAUUUUUGGCGAUCCUUAUAUCACGCUAAAAUGUGAAUCAGGCGAGUGCAUGCACUAUAGCGAAAUUCCUGGGUACGAGCAGCCCUCCAAAGAUAAAUUUACCACGUUUCAAAUUUUGGUGCUUUCUGCAACCUCGUUCUUGUUUUUGUCACUCACGAUCUUUGCUAUCCUUUUUGUUUCAAGAAGCCCGUUCUUUAGCAGCCAGCCUAUUCAGCUUGACAAUGACACUGACGAGGACAAUGAUUUCUUUAAGUCAAGUUUGAAAUCGACUCUGACUUUCGAAGACAUAAACUAUAGUGUCGUGACGGAUAAAAAAGAAAUAAAGCUACUCAACGGCAUAAGUGGAACUGUCAAGCCUGGUGAGAUUAUGGCUUUGAUGGGAGGGUCCGGGGCUGGAAAAACCACUCUCUUGGAUAUUUUGGCCAUGAAAGACAAAGCCGGCAAAGUUACAGGGUCCGUUAAAGUGAAUGGAUGCGAGCUGUCGAAACAGAAACUGUCCAAGAUCAUUGGUUUUGUUGACCAGGAAGACUAUCUACUGCCCACUUUGACAGUAUACGAGACUGUUUUGAAUAGUGCUUUGUUACGUUUGCCCAGAAAGCUGAGCUUCGCAGCGAAGCAAAAAAGGGUUUACCAAGUUCUCGAAGAGCUACGCAUAUUUGAUAUAAAGGACCGGAUUAUAGGGGACGACUUCGAUCGUGGAAUUAGCGGCGGUGAGAAGAGACGGGUGUCGAUCGCCUGUGAGCUUGUCACGUCCCCCUCAAUCUUAUUUCUUGACGAACCCACUUCAGGCCUGGACUCCAAUAACGCAAACAACGUGAUUGAGUGCUUAGUGCGUUUGGCGCUCCAUUACAACAGAACUUUGGUCCUGUCGAUCCAUCAACCUCGAUCAAACAUUUUCAACUCAUUCGACAAACUUGUGUUGUUGAGUCAAGGUGAACUUGUCUAUUCCGGUGUUGCAACAGAUAUUAGCGAUUUCUUACGCAAUAAUGGUUACGAAUGCCCAUCAGACUACAAUAUUGCUGACUUUUUGAUUGAUAUUACAUUUGAGGCGAAGAAAACAUACACGAGGAUCUUGGCAACGCCAGAUGAUAUCGAAUCCAACUUACAUGGCGAUCAUGGGCAUGACUUAACGGUCAUUCAGGACAACAGGAAGGACUCCGCAACUGCUACUCAGGGUGAGUGGGAACAUUACGCAGCUCAUCGGGACGAACUACGAUCUCUGCUGGAUAGGCCUGAUGAUGAGCAAGGGCUAGGUGUCCUGAACACAAAGCUUUUGCAUUCUAAGUUCAAAGAAAGUCAGCAAUUUGCAACGCUCCUGCAAGAUAUCGAGGCUAUAAAGGAUUCGUCAACAGAAGCCGCUGUUGAUGCUCUUAGUAGCGCCAAACCAGCGACUUUCAGAGAACAGCUCAUGAUACUGUCCUCGCGAACCUUCAAGAAUAUUUAUAGAAACCCAAAAUUGCUGCUGGGUAACUACCUCGUCACCUUAUUGCUGGGCUGUUUCUUAGGCUUACUUUACUAUGACAUUGAGAACAACAUAAGUGGAUUUCAAAACAGACUGGGACUCUUUUUCUUCAUUUUGACUUACUUUGGUUUUUUGACAUUCACGGGGCUGACAUCGUUUUCAUUAGAGAGACUUAUUUUCCUGAAAGAGCGUUCGAACAAUUAUUACAGUCCAAUGGCAUAUUACAUUAGCAAAAUUCUGAGCGACGUAUUACCAUUGAGGGUCUUGCCACCUGUGAUUUUGGCACUGGUAGUAUAUCCGACAGUGGGACUGAACAUGAUUAAUUCGGCAUUUGUCAAAUUUGUCGGCAUACUGAUUUUGUUCAAUGUUGGUAUUUCUUUAGAGAUUCUCACCGUUGGAAUAUUUGUUGAAGAUCUCAAUAACUCUAUUGUUAUAAGUGUCCUGAUUUUGCUGGCGUCAUUGCUAUUUAGUGGCCUCUUUAUCAAUACCAAAGACAUCAGCAACAUCGCCUUCCGAUACUUGAAAAACCUGUCGAUCUUUUAUUACGCCUACGAGUCCCUAAUCAUAAAUGAGGUAAAAACAUUACUCCUGAAAGAAACAAAGUAUGGCCUCAACAUCGAGGUUCCUGGGGCUACAAUAUUGAGCACAUUUGGCUUCCUAGUUCAAAACUUUCUGUUUGACGUUAAGCUACUAGUCGUUUUCAAUAUACUCUUCCUCAUUCUAGGUUAUGUGGGGCUUGAGUUGAUCGUAAUAGAAAAAAAGUGA